CGCAUUUCGCAUUCGUUCGCCAUCAGAAAGGACAAGUCGACACAUUCACAACAGUGGCAUGUCAGUCAAUUGAAUAAAAUUAAAUUUUCAUUCAUCAAAAAGUGAUCUUCAGCCAAAAAUAGAUUGCUGACAAAACGCGCCACAACUGGGUCUAGCAUUGUUUAUAUAAUUUAGUGGUAUUAACUAAUAUUAAAAUGGAAUAUCGGUUGUAAAGUUCAUCUGCCUAGCGCUUGGGUGGAGUUUGUUUACGUCCGGAUCGGAGAUCCAACAUCGAGUCGAGUGAGUGCGUGCGUGCGUGAAUCAUCCACCAGCCAUCCCGGAACGCGAAUGAUGAAGAUCAACGAGAAGAAUCUGUGCAUGUUUGCGACUACGCCACCGGUUGACCUUGAGGGAUGGCUCAACAAGCGGGGCGAGAUCAAUAAAAGUUGGCAACGGCGGUGGUUCGUGCUCAAGGGCAAUCUGCUGUUCUAUUUCGAGCGCAAGGGCGACCGGGAACCACUCGGGAUGAUCAUCCUGGAGGGAUGCACCGUAGAACUAGCGGAAGAAGGCGAACAGUACUGUUUCCAGAUAAUGUUCCACGGCCCGAACAAUAGGACCUACUACCUGAGCACCGAAUCGCAGAGCAACAUGGAACAGUGGAUGAAAGCGUUGACCUGCGCCGGGUACGACUACAUGAAGCUGAUGGUGGCCGAACUGCAGCGACAGUUGGACGAAAUCGAGGGAUGCAAGGAGAAAACGCCGGAAGUGACGCCUCUGCCGGCUCCGAAAGCACCACCUCGGAGGCAGAACCCAUUCAAUCGGCCCCCUCCUGUGGAGUAUGCUUCCAAUGCAGUGUUUGACCCGAGUGCGGCCCUACCGAUGGCCACGUCACACUUUUCCCCGCAAGUAACAAGAAAGGCACCGCCGCCACCAGUUCCUACCGGCCACCAGCCGCCAUCGGAAUCAAUGACCACUAGUACUAACAGUAGCAACAGGCCAAUCCAGGCCACCACCAACAGCACCAGUGGUGGAAGCGCUCUUAACAUGGUUGAUCUGCUGGCCAUCGUUGGAGACGGAACCGAUGGUACUGCAACGGCUCCUUCGGAAGAGUACACCUUCGAAGAAAUGCACCGGCAGCUCGGGGUGCCGGUUCUGGCGGACCUUAAGGCGCGGAAAAUGGCGAUGGAGAAGAGCGAGCAACCUCUCAUCAUGUUCUAGGGUGUACUUACGUGAUCUGCACCUGGAACGGACGUUGGCAGUGUGAAAGUGCUUGUAUGCAGCUGUAAUCCGGUUACUUUUAUGUUCUUAUUUAACGUGUUGUGCUUGGUCUAACCUUGUCGAUUAUUAUUGUUUUAUGAUUUGAACAGGGUCCGUAUUUGGUUGUGCGAUCGUUCGUGAGAUCCCUUUGUAAAAUGUUUGUGUUGUAACUCGAUACCUCCUUAACUCGAUGGUCCCUUCAAUAUCGAGUAAGGGAGAGAUGACUGUAAUCGUUCAUGGAACUCAUUGAUUGAUCGAAAAAUGAAAUGAUGUAUGCGUUUGCAAAUGACAAAAGAGCGAACUCGAUCGAAAAGUCUCCCCCAGUCAACUGUUUAAUUUCAAUCUUUAGCAAAUGCACAGAUUAUUUGACCGAUAUUGUUGAAAGAUUCAAGAAUGCAGCUGGGAACACAAAAUGCAUUUUUCCAGCAAUGGUAGUGUUGGUAGCUACGUCGAAGAUGCGAACUUGAGCAGUUUGGCAAAUGGAAUGUUUCAAACGAAAAAGUUAUCUUUAGAGAAAGCAUAAAAAAUAAUAUCAGGGUGUAUCAUUGAACAAAGUGAUUAGAUAUAUUUUAGAAAGAAUCGAAUAAAUUAAUUUAAAUUAUUGAACAUCUCAUUCUGAUCAAAUUAUUGUACAGUGGCAGUAAUAUAGUUUGUUUCGAAAUAGUCUUCAAUCCAAUCCGGAGAUAACCCUCAGACACCUACGUAGGGCAGUAAAAAACUGACUGCGAUAUCGCAUCGAACCGACAAAUGUUCUGAAUUUCAGUAACCAGGUAUUUCAAGCCUAGCGCCUACACAGAAGGUAGAAGCAUAAGUGUCCUAUGUGAUAUUUAAACAAAUUUGCGAUGCUGUAUCUAUUGAUCGUGAAUUUUCAUAACAUAAGAGGAAUAAUGCAUGAAACAAGAUGAUUAUUCUCGAAAAUGUUGAAAAAUUUGGUUUAUUCUACGAGUGGCAUAUGGUGAGAAUUGUCGGUCUCGUAUAGCGAGGUGACAAUUCUCGACUCGAGUGAAGUGACUCGCCGGGUAAAACAAAUCUCAUCUAACGCCACUCGUAGAAUAAACCCAAAUGUGACGCAAAUUUGUCAUACUGGAAGAAUAAAUGCAUAAUCGUUAAGAAUUUAAUGAUCAAAACUCGCUCAGCUUAUGAUAACGCCCUAAAAGCCGUUGGAAACCACGUGUGUAGCACGUCGUGUCUGAGAAAAUCUCGCACAACUUAAGAUCUCGCCCUCAAAGCCAUUGGUAACCGAGUGUGAAUCUCUUUGUUUUUAAGCAAAUGAGUGGACCAGGAUAGAAACUAUCAUCACUGGGAGAUAGAGGAGGAUCUGCUCUUCAUGAAAGCAUUGUUCAAAAACGUUUGCUCAGUAACAACAAGCUACACACUUGCCAACCAAUGGCUUUUGGGGCGAGAUCAUAAGUUAUGCUAGAAAUGAAUGAAUGAAUAUCCUAACCAUAACCCUUGGCAGAUCGAGAAUGAACUCCCCUUCUUCAUGGUCAAUAUCGUGUAAAUAUGCUCUUAUAUACUCAAAAACGGAAUGCUACAUACGUGAUUACCAAUGGAUUUUGAGAACUCUAAUAACAUAGCGCAAUAAAAUUAACAUUUUCACGUGUCCCAAUGACCAAAUCCCGACUAACCAGUGUUAUCAUUUCUUUAUAGAUCAUAAUCCAACGAUGAAGAUCGACUCAAAACAAAUCGAUAUCAUUCACUAUCGGUAAUCUCAAACUGAUUGAGUGGGAUUACGUGCCUCCAGUAAAUUUGGGGCUGCUGAUUCAAAUCCCACUCACAGAAAUAUUUCAACAUGUCACAAUUUUGCGAUAUAGGAUGUCAAAGUUGUAUAAUAUACUGAUUUUAAGUAUUUUAAGUUAAAUUUAAAGGGUUUGGAUCAUUUGGCAUAAGGUCAUUGGGCAUAAAGGACAUUGGGCGUAACAGUCAUUUGGCAUAACACUUUUUAAUGAAAGCAAGCAUCUUCUAAAAGAAAGGGCAUAACUCUGGUUAUGCCAAACGACCGUCAUGGCUUUAUGCCAAAUGACUUGCUCCCAAAUUUAAAACACAGCUUAUUAUUUUUUUUGAGCAAUUUUGUAUACCGUAAACGGGUCUACCACGGUAGAAUUACAUAAGGAAAAAAAUCAACUUUAUUGAAAGCCACAAACAUUUAGCACAUUUUUCUGCAAGAUUUGGACAUUUUUACAGUAGUGUAAGGCGGGAAUAGAUGGCCAAGUAACAUCACUAGCUACAAGAGUUUAUCCAGCUGAAAUAAGCUUAGUGUUUUUUUUAUUGGUGUGUCGCCUAAGAACAGAAUCCGGUAAUUUUCUAUAAAUGGAACUUUUUCUAUCUAACCUAAUACUUCAGUAGUGGCGCUGUUGAAUUUUUUAGAACACAGGUAAUAAACCUCGCGACAACUGGAAGGGUAAACAUACUUUGAAAAGUAUUCUUAGUAUUUCAGUUCAGUAGUAUUUCAGUUAAUUACAGACAUAUAAGUAUGUGGUAAUUUCAGUGUGUAUUCUUAUCAAUGGUUUUUUAGUAACAAUUAACAACUUUGAAGGCAUGCUGCUGACUUAUUUGCCAAUAUUUGCAGCUAAAACCUUCACAAGUUCAUUUUCCUAUUCAAACAUGAUCAUUUGGUGCAGUAUCAAUGCAGUAUGAUUAUUCACAUCAAUACUGACUCAUAGAUGUCAAAUAAUACUCUUAAAUGUAGCGGAAGUGGUGACUUCAAUGUAGCGAAAGUGGUUCUGUGACUCAAAUUGUUUGAAAAUUCAAAUGGUAGUGGUUCACGAAGACUUCGUCAUUUUUUCACAUAUUUGGUUGGCGUUAAGUCGAGUGGACCAAGUGUCAUUUUUCAUAUUUUGAGAAAAAUGGUCUAAAAGUCAGUAAUUUUUAAAAUUUGGGUUCAAUAAUUUAAAAUUUGGGUUCAAUAAUUCUACACAUCUCUGUGUUAAUUUCAAACAAUAUAAUGUAAAGUGAUAAUGAUGAAAAAAAAAAUGAUCCAAACCUCUAAUAGAAUGAUUUAUUGGUGGACUAUGUACACUUGGUCCACUCUGACUGAACUAAAGACCAACGUAAUGUUUGGAAAUAUUUUAUGUUUUUUUUUUCUCUUACUAUCAGGGCUUGAAUUUUCUCUAACUUAUUUGGCUCGAAGUUUUGAAGCAGAAUUCCAAACUUCUUGCGGAAGGAUCAAGCUCUGAAACAUAUUGGAUUUAAAUUUUUUUUUAGUUACUAAAAAA